AUAAGCGAGUGUUUACCUUUGCACCUGAUGAUGAUAGUGUAUUAUCCCUAUUUAGACGGUAAAAACUAAACUUCCCAAGUUGUAACUUGUUCAAUGGUAAAGUUUUAACUUGGCGCAUUGCAUAUUUUAGUUUCCAAAUUCUAUUUAACGCAUAUGGCUGUACAAACAUUUUAGAGGAAAUCCAAAAAAGGAAAUUUCAAACUAAAUGAUAAAUUAUUAUUUAUGAUAGGUAUAUAUUUUUUUACAAAAUAACCAUUGAUCAUCAUGUCAAUAAAACUAUUAAAAUAUAUUGUCACAAAUAGCUGUAUAAGGAGCAGAGUGCUUAAUAUGAAAUAUAUGAGUACAGUUAAUAAUGAUAAGCUCAUUAAAGUAAUUUUUAACAAAGCCAAUGGUGACAAAAUUACUGCAGAAGGCAAAAAAGGAGAUUCUUUGUUAGAUGUCAUUAUCAAUAAUAACUUAGAUUUUGAUGGAUAUGGUGCAUGUGAAGGUACAUUAACAUGUUCUACAUGUCAUGUGAUUUUAGAUUCAAAGGAUUAUGAUGCUUUACCUGAUAAACCCUCUGAUGAAGAAUUAGAUAUGUUAGAUUUAGCAUAUAACUUAACUGAUACGUCUCGAUUAGGAUGUCAAAUAAUUUUAGAAGAAAAAUUAGAUGGCUUAGAAGUUAAAGUACCAGCUACAGUUAACGAUGCUAGGUAUAACUAAAACAUACAUUUAAGAAAACAAUAUUUUGAUAAAAAAUAUUAUUUUUCUUGUUCAAAUUAACAUAAUAUUAUCUUUAGACUUUAAAACAAAAAAGAAAUUGAAAUGUUUAGGAGUUCUAAGUAAAAGAUAAUAUAUUUUAUGGUAUUGA